AUGGCAAAAAAAGCAAAAUUACCUCUGGAAGUCAUUUGUUUAAGCGACGAUGACGACGAUGACAAUAGUAAAAAUAGUAUUCCAAUAGCAACCCCUAUAAAACAACAAAAUUCAUCAACAAUUGUUAAUAGUGAUGUUCAAAAUGAUACAUAUGAAUCAUCUAAUUGGACAAUUCAUCAUGACGAUAUUAUACAUGUAUCUGAACUACCAUCGAAAUAUUCAGAUAUAUUUAAAAAACCAUUCGAAAUUCGUUGUUCAACUAUUCGUUUUGGUAUUGUAGAAUUUAAUGUUGAAUCUGAUGUUGUUCUUAUGAAAGAAAAAGAAUUUGAAAUGAAACUUACAGGUGGAUUUUUGGACAAUGUAAAUAUGAAAUUAGCUUAUUCAGAUGUACUUGCAUUUUAUUUUUCAUUUCAAUCGCAAACACCAGCGGCAUUUAUACAAGUUCGUAAUGAAUUUGCUGUACUUUUUGAUAAGUAUAUUCCAACAUCCGAUGAGCAUGGAAGAGGGUUUGAUCCUAAUUCUAAAGAUGAAAGACGACGUCAUGUUAUUUUUUAUUUGAAAACAUUAACACCAGAUAUGGAAAGAAUACAUAUAUCAACAAUUUAUUAUUUUCUUAAAACAAAAUGUCCUAAAAUGGAUGUUUGUUGUGUCAGUGCUUCACGAGCUCAAGAGUUAUACAAUUUAGCUCGAUAUGCUAAAGUAUCAUCACCAACUCCAAAAAAAGUACCUUUUACUCUCAAUGCUAAUGAUUUAAUUGCAAAAACAGUUGGUUUAAACAAUAAUACAAUUCGAUUUGAUCUAUCAUCAGAAGAUUUACAUUGUUUAAAUGAAGGCGAAUAUCUCAAUGAUAAUAUCAUUGAUUUUUAUCUUCAAUAUAUAUAUCACGAAAAAUUAUCUGAAGAAGACCGUAAACGUACAUAUUUAUUCAAUUCAUUUUUUUAUACACGAUUAACACAAAAAGGCAAUAGUGAUAAUUCGAAUAUUUCAGCAGCUGAACGACGUUAUAAUCGUGUUAAACGAUGGCUUCGUGAUGUAGAUUUAUUUUCAAAAGAUUAUCUUAUUGUACCAAUAAAUCAAAAUGCACAUUGGUAUAUCGUUCUCAUUCAAAAUCCUAAUAAUGUUUUAACAGAAGCUGAUUUAAUUAGUGAUGAUGAAGAUUCUGAUUUUGAUGACCGAUUAAAAUCAAAGAAAAAGAAACGUUCAACAAGAAUAAUUCAUCGUAAUGAAAAAAAUAAUAAUUAUAAUAAUUCAUCAUCGAAAUCAAAUAUUCCUUCACUUGAAAUUUUUGAUGAAGCUGACGAAGUUAUAUCUAGUAAUGAUACACCUUUAAAAAUUAAUGUUGAAUCACUUUUUAAUUCAAAAAAUCGUUCUCAAUCUCCAGCAAUAAUUAUAUUUGAUUCAUUACGUAUUGCUUCUAAAGUUCGUGUUGCAGCAACAUUACGUGAAUUUCUUCAACUUGAAUAUGAUCAUAAAAAAACUUUACCUAUUCAAUCAUUAGGACGAAAAUUAUUUAAUAUUGAUACUAUACCAACAAUUGAAGCUGCUGUACCACAACAACGAAAUUAUUUUGAUUGUGGUCUAUAUAUAUUACAAUAUAUUGAAAGUUUUUUUUUUCAUCGUUCAUCGGCUACCAAUUUUCCAUCAUCAUCAACAUUUUCUAAUUGGUGCGAAAAAAAUUUAAUGGAGUCCAAUGCUUACCGUCAUCGACGUCAAUUAAUUGAUGGCAAUAAUCCUAAUGUACGUGUUCCACAACAAAACUUUGGUGGACCGGUGCCAUUAAAUCCAUUAAAUAAUCCGAAUAUAGUCAUAUCUAAUGAACGAACUAAUCCACAACAACUAAAUACUAAAUAUAAUCCUCCAAUUGUAGCAUCUCAACCACAAACAGAACUAGUUCGUAGUCGUGGAUUUUAUAAUAAUCCAUCAUUUCAACCAUCACCAUUUCCUGGUGAAAAACCUUUCGGAUGGUUUGGUACGAAUCGUGUAAAUUGGGUAUCAAAUCGGGACAGUGAAUUAGAUAAAAACAAAUUAGCGGCAGAAAAAAAAGCGCCAUCAAAUAAUCCUCAAGCUAAUGUUAUUCAACCACGAAAAGAUGGUGGACCACUUUUUCUUGAAAACUUAGCUAAACAAUACGCAAGUAAAGGUGAAAAAGCAUUCCCUUUCGGUCAAUUUGAAACUCAUCAAGGUCGUGGUGCAGUUUGUUCAAAUCAUGACAAUUUUGGUGGAUUUGCAUUUGGUAAUUUCCCUUGUCCAUUACCAGCAAGUACAGGUAUGAAUCAACUUGAUCAAUAUUGUUGUGGACCUGCUAAUUAUCAAUAUUGUUGCAAUGCUCAAGAAUACAGUCAAACACAACGUGGUGCCUUUGGUGAUCAUAGAUAUAUUGGUCAACGAGGUUUUUCAACACGAACAGAGUUUUUACCAUCAACAAAACGCAUACUUGCAAUUAUUUCACCUAUUGGUGGUUUUAUUGUUUUAACAGGAAUUAUUAGUUUGGUAGUUUUAUAUUAUAAAAAAAUUCGAAAAGAACAGAAUAGCAUUGGAAAACCAGCUGGAGCUAUUCGCUUACAAGAUGAUUAUUCAGCUGUUCCUCAAGAACCACCAAUUGAAAAAUUUAUAUUUAAACAAAACGAACAAUAA